AUGUCGAGUAGCUCUGAGCAUACCGUGACCACCAUCUCCUCCCCAAAUAAUUCCUCCAACACCCUAACGAGUGCACAUCACUUCGUGUCGCUCAAGCUCACGCAUCGGAACUACCUAUACUGGCGGACUCAGGUGAUCCCGUUUCUCCGGGGUCAAGGUCUGCUAAGCUUCGUCGAUGGUACGCGGUCGCAGCCAUCACCAUUCAUGGAGGUCCCCGCCGGUGACAACUCCAGCAAUAACAUCUCCACCACGGAGAAUCCGGCCUAUGCGGCCUGGGUGCAACAGGAUGCAUCCAUCCUCUCCCUUUUGAUCUCCUCACUGUCUGAGGAGGUGAUGUAUCUAGCUCUUGGACAAACCACCGCACGUGGUGUAUGGACGGCAGCAGAGACAGCUUUGGGAUCAUCCACGCAGGACCUCGCACUUGCCGGGAGGACUCUCACGCCGUCGGAGCAGAAUUUGUAUGUCUUUCGAGGUUUAAGGCCGGAGUUCCGGUCGAUGGCUUCUGCAUUGGCGAUCAAUGGCACGCCCGUUUCCAUUCCGCAGUUGGCGGAUUUUCUCUAG